AUGGAGCGUGCACUACCACCGCUCUCCAUCACUAUCCUACCGCCAACGCACGAUCCAUGGCUUCGAUACGACGGUUCACCACCGUCAACUGCUACAUCGAUGAACUCCCCAUUGAAGCCUCUGAAGGCACUGCUCGCGUUGAUCGUGUUGAUAAUGAUCGUCGUAACGAUCGUUGGCAACGCGCUUGUCUGUCUAGCCGUCGUUCUGGUUCGGAAGCUCAAACAUCCAGCAAAUUUUCUUAUUGUUUCGCUGGCUAUAGCCGACUUUCUUGUUGGAUUGCUAGUAAUGCCUCUGGCGUCUGUUGACUUACUCUUCUCCAAGUGGCCUCUAGGAAGGUCGAUGUGCAAAUUGUGGACGACAGCUGACCUGACACUGUGCACAGCGUCGAUCGUGAGCCUCUGUGCGAUAUCCGUUGAUCGUUACUUAAUUAUCACUCGGCCACUACGAUACGCGGCCGCACGAACGACAACUCGAAUGCUCUUUUACAUAGCUGUGGUGUGGAUUAUCGCCGCUAUAGUUAGCCUGUCCUCACAUAUCAUUUCAAAUCUUCUGGACGCCGAAACGCCUGAAAAUCAAAUUUGUCAGGUGAUCCAGCAUUUUGCCUAUCAAAUAUAUGCCACGAUCAUCUCUUUCUAUGGACCAACGAUUAUCAUGCUUGUAUUGUAUGUGCAAAUCUGGCGUGCAGCCAAGCGUCUUGCACGAAAUGAUCACGACCAGACAAUGCACAUCCAUAGCGGUCUUGACAAAAAUGGCAACGAUCGCNUCAAACUCUUUUCGGGAUCGCAAGAGGCGUCACAAAUCGUCAAGAACGAACAACGCAGAUAUUUGCAUCGACCAAGUGCAUUCUUCCAUGCAGUCAAAGUGCCACUGGUACGCUUCUAA